AGGAUUUACUAUCGGCGGCUAUAAAAGUGCUUGUUUACGUUUGUUGCCUAACAACGAAGUGGAGUUUAAAGUUGUCCCGUCUGUAGCAUUUCCUAUGGAAGCGUAAAUUAAUUUACUGUGAUAACAUCUAUGGACAACUAUCAUAUUUUGGGAUUAAUUGGUGAAGGGUCCUAUGGCAAAGUCUACCGUGGACAGCGUAAAUUUACUGCCAAUGUUGUAGCAUUGAAGUUUAUUACAAAACUUGGCAAAUCCGAGCGGGAACUACGAGUGCUUUCCCAAGAAAUAGAGAUAAUGAGAGGCUUGCAACAUAAAAACAUUGUACAACUCUUGGACAGCUUUGAGACAGAAGAAGAGUUUGUUGUUGUAAUGGACUACGCUGAUGGAGAACUUUACCAAAUCCUUGAAGAUGACGGAUCUUUGCCAGAAGAUCAGGUACAGCAUAUUGCCUGUCAGUUGGUGUCUGCUCUCUAUUAUCUUCAUUCCCAUCGAAUUUUGCAUCGUGACAUGAAACCCCAAAACAUUUUAUUGGCCAAAGGAGAAACGAUAAAACUUUGUGAUUUUGGAUUUGCACGAGCGAUGGGUUUUAACACGCUGGUUCUUACAUCUGUAAAGGGAACACCUCUUUAUAUGGCUCCUGAAAUCGUUGAAGAACAGCCUUAUGACCACAAUGCAGAUCUUUGGGCUCUUGGUUGUAUUUUAUAUGAAUUAUAUACGGGGAUGCCUCCGUUUUAUACAAACAAUAUCUUCCAGCUGGCAAGUCUAAUUGUUAAAGAUCCUGUACCAUGGCCAAAAAAUAUGAGUCCAAUCUUUAAGGAUUUUUUACAAGGCUUGCUUUCAAAAAAUUGUCAAAAUCGACUAUCUUGGCCAGAAUUACUCGCUCAUCCUUUUAUUUCCAAUGGAAUUCAUGUGACCGAAGAAGACAUGAAGCGCCCAAGCCCAUUCACUCAGCCACUUACUGCUUCAAUGGUAUUAAAAAAGGAGCAACAGAUCAAAGAGCGGAGGCGGCCACCUGGGGUUCCAAAGAUCUUGGCAAAAGCUCAAAGAAAGGCCAAUGAAGAGAAACGGAAGAAAGAAAAUCUCAUUAAGAAUGUUAAAGAAGUACAAAAGAGUACAGAUGAAGCAACAGUUGAGAAACCAUCUGUCAAAGACAAAGACCUUCAGAAUACAAGUCAUAAAUCCACGAUUCCACUUGCGAACAACACAGAACCUGAGAAAGAGCAAGUGAAUUUGGUACAGAGUUGUAAAAAUACUUCUGUAAAGAAAAGUGUUCGUAAAAGCAACAUUGAGAAUGUUAUCUUAGAAACUGAGGAUACUGACAGUGAUGAAGAGUGGCAAGGUCUUAUAGGAACCACCGAACUUGAGAAUAACCCUGAACGAGCAUUAAUGCUAUUGCAAGAAAGCCGAUUUCAUAAGAAACUGGAAGCUCGGCUUCAGACUGGUUAUAAACAGGUACUUGAUGGAAUGCUUGAAGGGGCUUCUCGUUUCCGAACUGCUCUUCAUGUCUGCAACAAUUUGAUUAUGCUAGACUGUGACGUCAAACUAAUCCUUGAUUUCUGUGUAGUUGUAUCAGUUCCGAAAUUCAUAUUAAAGACAAUAGCAGCCAUAAUUGACAAUUCUGAUGUAAAACAGCAACCUUGGUGUCAACAGAUCCUUGUGGAUCUUGUGAUGAUUAUAAACAGUUACUUCAAUUCAAAGAUUGGAUGGAGUGAACACCUCGAUAAAAAUUUUUCUGAUGAGUUACUGAUGUGUGCCGUACAGUUUGUGAAGCUGAUCCCCAAAUUAAUAAAUCUACAAUUUGAUGACGUGAGAAAAAUACAAAAACAGACAUAUAUAUGUCUUCGUUAUAUUUGCGAAACAAUGGAUCGCAGUAAACUUGGAAUUUCCGGGACAUUUUAUUCGAAUUUAUCAUCGAAAUCAUCCCAGACUCUUCAGUCUAUAUUUAUUUCUUCAUACCAAAAUGCUGCCAUUUCUAAUACACAUGCAAAAACACCUGAGGUUAGUUCAUCUCUAAGUAGUGAAAGCGAAACCUACCUGUGUGUAUCUUGUUUGUCCCUCAUGGUUCAUUUGCCCCUCGCUAAUUCUCCUGAAGAUCAGAGUAAGAGAAGGUUGGCUAUGGACCUUGCAGAAUUAAUGGUUUCUGAAAACCAUCAGACUGUGACAGAUCACUUCCUGAAUUUGAUCUCCUCCUCUCCCAUCACUGGAAAUGUUCUCACUGUAAUUUAUUCAUGCUGCCAAGUUUUACCAAGUUUGUGUUCCUAUAUCUCAAAUAAACAAUCUGUUAUGGACCAACUGAUAUCCAUUUUUAGCGGAGAGACUGAUGUUCCUGAUAUUGAUAUGAACAUUGUUAUGGAAACAACCAUCCAUAUAUUAAGUGCAAUUGCUAUUCACAUGAAUGACCUUCCACUCACCCUAAAGAAUUCUUCUGAAUUGAUCGUAUCUUCCUUCUUAGAAUCUCAAUUUGCCAAUCACACAGCAGCCAUAGCACUUCUGUUCAGCCAGGUUCUAUACUGCGGUACGUGUGUCUCCAUUUCACCUCCUGACCUGAUGAAUGCUUGUCUGUGUGUCUUUACUGAUCUUUCAGAGAUUUGUGUCCGAUAUCCUUUCGACUAUGGUGUGCUUGAUGGCGUGCUGCUGCUCCUAUGUGAAGUGUUAGCUCAGGGGGACAUUCCAAUGAUCCAGCUGUUUACUGAAACUGGUGUUUGGGACAUUUUAUGGCAUCGAAUAGCCCAGGCUCUUCAAGUGAACAAUCCACAAAAUAAUCGACCAAUCCAUGAUCUAGAAACCAGCUUAGAUGCUAACCACUUCCAGAAACCUGACUGGUCUUUGGUCUCUCCUCAAGGACUUGUUGCAACUUUGGAAAUUGCUGUCAAUGUCUUCACUAAAGUUCCUCAGGAAUUUGUCACUUAUUUAUCUGUACCAGACAAAAUAUUUAUGCUAUCACUUAACCAUUUGUUAACCAAGGAAUUUCUUGCAAUCCUCAUUAAAAGUGUUGAUGUUAAAAGUUCAGAAUUGCCGACCGAAAUCUUGUUACGAGUUGUUCAGAUGUGCUGCUAUCCUUUUGGCUUAGAUGUCGACAUAGAAGUUACAGAGCAAACAGUCAGCUGUUUUCAUACUCUAGAAUUAUUACCAAAACUCUUGUAUGCAACAGUCCAUUACAUAAGAAAAGAAUCCUUAGAUGUUCCUAUCAGCUUAAUCUGUCGCCUGGUUCUUUCCACAGAUGGUAUGGUCAUUCAGUUUUCAAAUGCUAUAAAUGCAGAUCCAAAGGCUGUACCUUUUAUACAACAAAUAUUGUUAUCUCCUAAAAGUUCACAGUCCAUGUUAAGUGACCUUGUGUCAUUAUGCUGUCAUUUAGCAAGAACCUCCUCGGAUUACAUUCCAAUUCUAAAUACAAUAUUAAUGGGACAGAAUGGUGAUUACUCUGUGCUCUCUGCCCUGUUGAACUAUGAACCUUCUGUUCUGAAAUCUCGUGUCUGCAGUUUACUUGGCAAUAUUUUAAAACAUACAUCAUUUUUGUGUGAAAUUUUCCAUAAAAGAGAUGCACUGUUCAAGACAUUUUUAAAUUGCUUAAAGGAUAAAGAUGCAAAUGUGAGAAAAAGUGCUUCAUACGCAGUUGGCAAUGCAGUUUUCCAUAAUGAUAUCCUAUAUGAAGCUCUUUUGCCAUAUAUUCCAGUAAUUACUCAAUUACUGAAAGAUCCCAUUCAUAAAACAAGAUCACAUGCUGCCAGUGUCUGUGGUAAUUUAGGCAUCCAUUCAAAUUUAUUGUGUGCAGAAUUGAUUCAGCAGAAAGCAAUACUCAAUCUCUUGGAUCUGGCCUGUCAAGAUACUCAUUUUUCUGUUCAACUUUGUGCAUUGGUUGCGUUGAGGACAUUGAUUAAAAAUGAAGAAAUUAGAAAGGCUGUGGUGUUAUACAAUGGCUCCAGCUUAUUGUCAAGAUUGAUGGAGACUAUGUCACCUUUGCCAGCAUCUCACCCUGUGGAUAUCGAGAAGAUAGAGAUAUCUUUGGAACCUUCACCUCGAGACAGAACAGUAAACGGAAUGGUUAAUCACUGCAACAAGUUAUUAGAAGUUCUAAAAACUUAGCAUCGACAUCUAACGAUGCGGCAAAUUGUUUUACAUGUUGUUCAUUUUAUUGAGCAUAACCUCUUUUGAUACCAACCUCUCUCAGACUCCCCCACCUGUGAUAAAUGUCUCUUGUUUUAAAGUGAUCCACAUUGAAACUUUUCCACCAAAAAUUUCGUGUUAAUUUAUGCUCCAAACUCUAGCUUAACAACAAUAAAGUUAUUUACUAAAUUCUUCAAUAUUUUCAAAAAUUUAAUUGAAAUACAGGCAAAAUGUUUCAAGAGAAAUAUAGUAUCAAAAGUGUUAAAUUCCGAUUGAUAGCAUUGACACAUAUUGCCAGAGAAAUAAGUUGAAAGUUGAUAAACCAAAAAUAAUCAUAUUAGAGGUCUGAACCAUUCUGUUGCUAAAAUAUGAUUAUUAAUGGUACAUUUUCUGAAAUAUUUGAAUUAUUUAAUGCCAGUAGAUGCUAGUAUUUCUCAAAAGAUAUGGAAAUAAUUUGCAGCAAAGUCAUACAGCAACCUACUGUGUAUAUUUAUGUACAUAUUUAAACA